AUGGGUAAAUCCCAGAGUAAACUGUCCCAGCAGGAGCUGGCCGACCUCCAGAAAGCGACACACUUCGACAAGAAAGAGCUACAGCAAUGGUACAAAGGCUUCCUGAAGGAUUGUCCCUCAGGCAUGCUCACCAAGGAAGAGUUCCAGAAGAUCUACAAGCAAUUCUUCCCAUUCGGCGACCCGUCAUCAUUUGCAGAUUACGUCUUCAACGUAUUCGAUGCAGACAAAUCAGGCACAAUCGACUUUAAAGAGUUCAUCUGCGCACUAAGCGUCACGAGCCGAGGCAAGAUGGAAGACAAGCUCGAUUGGGCCUUCCAGCUGUACGAUAUCGACGGCGACGGCAAAAUCAGCUACGAGGAAAUGUUGGCAAUCGUAGAAGCCAUCUACAAAAUGGUCGGCUCCAUGGUUAAGCUCCCAGAGGACGAAGACACGCCCGAGAAGCGCGUCAAGAAGAUCUUCCGGAUGAUGGACAAGGACGAGAACGGCAGCUUAGACAUGGCCGAGUUCAAGGAGGGCUCCAAGCGCGACGAGACUAUCGUAUCGGCCUUAUCUCUGUACGACGGUCUUGUUUGAGGGGCAGGAGGGUUGAUACCCGGUGUCGUUUUUUGUACUUGCUUCGUCAUGGUCGAUAUCAAAGCGCAUUUGUGGGAUUCUGGCAUAUCAUCAUUCCCUUGCUGUUAGGGAUGAAGAGGGUUGACAUCGCCUCGGCGUACCGGAAAUUAUGAGCGACAUAUAUGCAGCUCACAGUUUAGCUACAGGAGUGGAGGGUGCAACAAUAACUUUCACGCUUC